CUUCCUCAAACCUAGCAGACCCAUAGUUGGUUAGUUAGUUAGUUUUGGUUUUUCGUGAAACGCCGACGAGUUUUGGUUCGCAUUUUAUCUUUGAUACACGUCCAAAUAAACUCACACGGUCUGUUCCACACAGAUAAAGCACUAAAAAAAAAAAACAUCCGUGCGUGUAACUUUAGCGAGAUAAACUUCAUCAGCAACCAGUUGCUAGGCUACCAGACCCACCCCGUCAUAAAGACUGCCAUGGCAACCAGCUACAGAACCUAUGGGUGACAUUCAGUGUCAGGAAACCUGCCGUAGGAAGUAACCAACAUGUCGUCUGAGGAGGAGGCUUCUCAGACUUCCUCUUCUUCCUCCUCUCCCCCUCCCUCCUCCUCCUCCUCCUCCUCCUCCUCACAUCCCCCUUCAUCACACUUCAUCGGGAAGAAGGAGGACAUUGUCAAGGCUGGCCGCGUGACCAAGCUGGUGAAUGGAUGCAGAGACGUACUGGUCGUGUGGCACCAGGGGCAGCUUCAUGCAAUGGACAUGCGCUGCUACCAUUCAGGUGGGGCGUUACAGUAUGGAGACAUUGAGGAGUUUAAUGGGCGGCUGUGUAUUGUGUGUCCGUGGCACAAGUACAAGAUCACACUGGCAGAAGGGGAAGGGCUUUAUCAAGCUGUGGACGAUCCUACAGUCAAACCCCUGAGAACUCACUGGCGCUCCAAGGGUGUCAAACAGAGGAUUCACAAGAUCACUGAGGUCAACGGGGAUGUAUAUGUAACACUGAACGACUCCAGCGAGGCCGUCGAGUCAGACGUCUACCAAACUGAGAGAUAUCGGACUGUCUUACCCAAGGCCCAGCCAGUACCUAAGAACAAGAAAUAGAGUUGUUGGAUUAUUCAAAGAAUACUCAAAAGGACUAUUGGAGAUGUUUUGUUUGUUUGUGUUUCACUGGGUAACAUUUUGUCACACUAAUAAAAUACUCUUAACAAC